GCUACUAACUCACCAGUAUCGAAGAGGAGGACCAGGAGGCGGCGACCUAAGACUUCACAGGGGGGACCAAACUUGGCGGCUCAACCGCCAGGGGCGGUCCCACCUGCCCCGAAGAGGAGGAUGAGACCAAUGGGAGCGAGGCAGGGUGAUCCAAACCCGGUGGCUAAACCACCGGGGGCGGUUCAUUCUGCGCAGCCGCUCCCAGUUUCUGACCUGAAGCACUCGCCAGGAGCGGAACAGGGGGGACCAAAGCUGUCAGCUCCACUGACAGUGGCGAUCCCUCCUGACGACCCACCUGCUGUUAUGGAAACUGGGCACGUCAUCGUGACGGACCCCCCAGCGAGCCCACAAGCGCCUUCCACUGCUGCUGUUGUUGACCCUGCAGCCGGACGGGAGUCCAAGAGAAGGAAGAUGUCGACGGUUUCCGAACCGGAGGGACUCGACCAACUCGAAUGGACUAUCGUCUGCGACAACAUACCAUCCAAGUGGCAGGGAGCUGUCCACGGCGACUUCACCGACACCAACCGACUUAAGGGACUUUGGCAAGAAAACAAUUGGCGAAAACUACCCAACGGAAUCGGAAAAUACCAACUUCAUUCAGCAGGAUCUGGCAACCAGAUCCACGUGACUGCACAACAGGACGGACUGUUCAGGCAAGGACUCCUGAUACCGGAUAUGACCAACUCUACGAUUCAUCGCAUCCUUAAGAUAGUGUUGCGAGAUAUAUAUCCGGGAGCCAUCGACAGGAACAUCAAGGUCUUGACUGAAGGACUCUCCAACUUCAGGCCUGCGCAGUGCAUCACCUCGCCAUGAGUCCUGUUACGCCAACCUCCUACCAACCUCCUUUGCCUCCGUAUCUAUGAUGCAGUGACUAUGUGUGGAGGAAUGGGUGAAAACCAUACUCCUUUUUCUGCUUUAGAAGAACUCGUCUCUGUAGUAAAACCAGGUGGUCUGUUUGUUCUAGUGACACGGGAUGAGCAUUUUGAUUGUGUGGACCAGCAGGGUAAUACUGGAAGGCGCAUGUUCCGAAAACUGGCUGACGAGGGGAAAUGGAAACUGGAGUCAAAGAAAACUUUACCUGACUACAUAUAUGGUGAAGAAGGAGUUAUAGUAGUGUUCAGAAUUCUAUAAAUAUAAAUAAAUAGUUUACACGUCUUUUGUUUAUAUACUCAGUUUAAUUAGGAAAAGUCAAGUCGAAAUACUAUACAGACGAUUUAUUGUUUCUAAUGCAUUAUGGAUUUUUAAAAAUUGAAAUCUGUUAUUGUUGUUGUUGUGAUGUAAUGAGCUAUAUGACUAUCCAGGAAGUUUAAAGUUAA